GCUCAUUAUUAUUUUUUCUAACUUAUUGUUAUUCAUGUUUCCAAACAGUACUAUUUUUUAAACUACUAUCAAUAUUGCCAAACAAUCUCAAUGUGUACUUCAACUUUAAUAAUAUAGAUAAUAUACGGAGUAUAUAUAUAUAUAUAUAUAUAUAUAUAUAUAUAUAUAUAUAUAUGAUACUUUCGUACGUGUGUGCCUUUGAUAUGAUUAAAGCGAAAUUCAAAUAUCAUAUUUUGUGAUCCAAGGUUCACUUGAUGUUUCAAAAAAAAAAAAAAAUUUGUUAAACAUGAUCACAUUAAAGAACGUGAAUUUAGUGAAUAUGGCAUAGGAACCAAAAAAAAUUGUUAAAUGAUAGUUCAUCCCGUCAUGACCAAAGAAUUAGACAUACACAAACCGAAUUAAGGAUCAACCGUUUUUCAUCUCUCUCUUCUCUCUUCUCUCUUUCCUUUCUUCCGUGAAGUCAUAACCCUAAAUCUACUUUAGGCAACCGGCGGUUUUGCUUUGCCGUUGGCUCCGCCUCCGUUUCUCUGCUCUCUUCUUCUCUUCGCCUCAAGCUUCUCUGUCUAUCUCUCUGCUGAUAUGCUCGCCGUUCCGAGGCUUGACCAUUACUGCAGAUCUGUUGGUUCUGUUCUUGGAAGUGCGGCGAGGCUUGGAUACUCGCGGGAAUAAGCUUUUCUCGGUCGGGUGUAAUGGCAUGGGGUCCAAAUCUUUGCGUCGAUUGUGAGGCUCUCUCUCUUCUACGCCAUCCAUCCUCUUUCUCGCUUGGGGUGUGAGCAGAUCGUGGGCCUGUUCCGGUGUGACGCUUCGAAGUUCUGGUCUGAGGGAGCGUUUCUUCGACCGUGCCUCUUGUUUCUCGCUUGGUUCUUUUAGGUCCGUCGGUGGCUCCACGGUGGUCUGUCUGGUGAAAACAUCAUCUCCAACAGAGCAGUACGUCCGCUUCUCCUGCGUCAAGGCACAUGGGACUAAGGAUCUGUGGCUUUGUCAUCCUGGGUCUUCCGUUCUGUGGCGGCGAGUGCGGUUCUGGCCUGCUUCAGGAGCCUGAUCCAAGGCAUGCUUCUGACUGCUCUUUCGUGGAGUGAUGCAGACUAUGUCCGUUUGUUUAGUUUCCGGUGCGGUGGUGUGGCACUUCUCAACGGUUCCUCUUUCAUGAAUGAUGGCUCUGCCUUGUCUUGUGGGUGUGCUUGACCUCGGGUUUUACCAUAUGUCUGGGUUGCUGCAGAUUAGGAGGUCGUCUACAAGUUGUUCUGGUUCAACCGUAUCCUUAAGAGCGGAUCAUCGGGCAUGCCAAAUUCUACUGGGUUUUGUCUCUCGUAUUCACUGGGUUCCUCCUUUUGCGGCAAGUAGGUUGUUCCAAUUAGUCGAGGCGUCCGGUUAGCGGUAUUCUUGUUGCGACAGUACCUAUUUUGCCUCGGCUGAGUUUUUGUUUAGAUUGCAUUUAAAAUCCAUAUGCCGCUUGUUUUCUAUGUACUUCUGUCACAAAUUUAAAAUUUGGUAAUAAUAUCUUAAUAUGUUUACCAAAAACAAAGUUUGAAUUCCUACUGUUAUUGAGCGAGUUCGCCCUAGAGAAAAUAUAACUACGCUGCCACCACUCUCACCGCUCGACGCCUCACCUCACCGGCGUCGGGCCCUCCGUUUUGCCUGCUUCUCACUAACGUUUUCACUCUUCGGCUUCGUCAUCCUCAACGCCUAGACUCAUUCUCUCACCGUCUCUUAUGUAGCGGUUUCAUCGGGUAUAUUCGCCGUCAUCUUCUCCCCUCCUCUUCGGGUCGCCGUCGCCUCCCCUGUUCCUCUCCUCGUCACCACUCAUUCUCUCCGAACGAGCAGAAGCGACGAAACUCGCACCAGAUCUGCUCAUCGUCUCAUACCCAUUGAGCCUCUGUCUCGCCUCUUCCCCUACCCUGACUUCUACGAUGAACGCAGCCCCUCAACGCCUCCAACGUGUGAGGCUUCGUGUCUUGCAGGCAGUGGUUCCUCCAUCUCUGACGACUCUUCUAGUCAUGUUUUCAUCCUCUUCGAGCUAUGCUCUGUUGCAUAGCCAAAGCUUCUCGCUAGACUGAGGUCGUCCUUCUCUAUGAACCAUAUCGUUGUGAGUUCCCAGAAGAUGAAUUUCAGAUCUGUGAACAUUGAUGAAUUUUAGCAUCAUUUCCAAACCAGUUCGACAAGGAACACUCAACUUGAUCUUGAAGUGUCAAAUCCAGCCUUAAGGGCUUUAUUUUCUCUGCAGUUGGUGAUUGAUGAGACUAGGGUUUUGUUUAGGGAGAGAAUCAUCUUCAAUUUGGUCACUUUCUGAUUCGCAACAAAUGGAAGCUUUGAGGACAGGUUUUUGGAUGUUAAAGUAUUUGUGGUGACAGAUUUUGGGGAUGUUCAGCUCUCACAACCACACAAAUCGAUGAUUCGUCUCUCAAGCCGUCAACCUCUCAGCCUUCCUCCGCACAACAUCAUCACACCAGCAUGUCUCGCCUUAGAGCUUAUCUAUCCACCAUCUCCACCGCAAGCCACCCUAGCACCGGCUGCUCCAUUCCUGCGUCUACUUCUUGUUGUCUUUGAUUGUUUGAGGAAACUGAUGCCCACCAUCAUUUUCAGAGAGCCCAAAACUGUCACGAUGACUCUCUUUUGUUCGGCAAUUGCAUCAUUUGAUCACCAACGAGUACUUUAGAACUGGAGUUUAUGGCUCAACUCUCCUUGACCAAGCUUUAUUUAUGGAGUAUAUGCCCCUUCUCUCCGACCAAGCCUGCAGGCGUACCUCAACAUUCCGUACUUGUCCCAAGUAUGCACCUUGGUCUCGAGGUCUCCAACAUCGGUUGGCAUCCUCUGCUCAUAUGUUGUCCACAUUGUCAUCAAGCGGAAGCCUCUUAUCACCAAUGUUAGUUUCUACCAACCGUUUCCAAACUUCUCGAUAGGGCCUCUCAUCGUCGGUUCAUAUUUCGACUUCAGUAUGUUCUUCGGAACAUCAGUUUCAGGGUCUCAAGUGAAGCAUCUCUAUGGCUAUCUUCAAUCUUCUAACACUUCUACCAUUCGUAUUGUUGUACUAGUUUUCGUUUAUUGUCUAGCCAUCGAAUUUACUUCCGGUUGUAACCAUGUAACCCUUUUGGAUGUUUAAGUUUAAUAUAAGAAUUCCGUGACAAAAAAAAAUCAUAUGUUAUGUGCAAUUGUCACACGUUGAGUUAAGGGUUGAAAAGUGCAUAACAUAUAUAUAUAUAUAUAUACUUAGUUAAUUAUGUAAUAACAUUAGUACAAAUCUAUUAAUUUUUCUAAUUAAUUUUUGUAUAUCUAGUCUUAAAUAUUAUUAAAAUAAUUUUAUAAUUAAACAAAAAAGCUAAAAUAUAUGUCCGAAAGUGGAGAACGCAUAGCAUUCUCUAGACACAUAAUAUAAAUUAUAAAAUAUAUAAAAAUAUAUAUCAAUAUUCGUUGACGCUUAAUCAUUUGUCUAGUCGUUAGACCUCUUAUCAAUUUUGAGCAUUAGUUUUUACUUCGGAUUGCACCAAAAAAGUAAAGCUAAUACAUAUGUACAACUAGAUUGUUAAUUUUUAGAAUGUAAUAUUUGAGAAUCCUCUAUUCCAUUCAUUUCACAAUUUUUUAACAAUUUAUUAAGAAUGAAAUAGAAUGCUCAUUUCAUUAGUUCCACAAAAAAUAAAUAUAAUUCAAAAAAUCAUUCCGCUAAAUUUUGUUCAUAAAUAAAUAGAAUAAAUUUCAUUCCAUUUUCCUCAUGUUUCAUUCUUUUUUAUUUCAUCAAUUCCAUUUUAUUUUUACUAGUUACAAUCUAUUUUUCUCUCUUUCAUCCCAAUAAGAUCUCUCUCUCUCUCUCCCUCUCCACAUCCCAUCACAAUUUCCAUUGUCUUCUUGUAUAAAGAAUCCCACAAGAGUAAAAACUAUUCUCUUCUCUCUCUUUCUCUCUUCACCAUGACUGAUCCUCAUUCCAAUUUCUUCACAGAUUGGUUCAAGUCUAAUCCUGUUCACCAUUACCCUAAUUUCUCCACUAACCCACCAGCUCUUCCUCCUCCCUCUUCCUUCUUCUUCUUCCCUCACUCCGGUGACCUUUGCCGUCCACCACCACCCCCAACCCCUCCCUCUUCCCCUCCUCUCCGUGAAGCCCUCCCUCUCCUCAGUCUCAGCCCCGCCAACAAACAACAAGACCACCAUGGUCAUCUAAUCCAAGAACCAACUUCAACCUCCAUCGAUGUUGAUGACUACUAUCAUCAUCACCAUCAAGAUGAUCAAAAUAACGAUGACCAUGACAUCACCGUUGCUCUUCACAUAGGCCUUCCAAGCCCUAGUACUCAAGAGAUGGCUUCUUUUCUCACGCUGUCCUCUUCCUCCUCUUCCUCAAGGACUACUCAUCAUCAUGAGAACAUGAACAACCAGAAAGAUCUCGACAACGACUACCAUCACGAAGGCACCGGCGGAGGAGAAGAUGACGAUGAAGAUUCAGUUGGCGGAGACGGCGCAUGUAGAAUCAGCAGACUCAACAAGGGUCAAUAUUGGAUCCCUACACCUUCUCAGAUUCUUAUUGGCCCUACUCAGUUCUCUUGUCCUGUUUGCUUCAAGACCUUCAACAGAUACAACAACAUGCAGAUGCAUAUGUGGGGACAUGGAUCAGAAUACAGAAAAGGACCCGAAUCUUUAAGAGGAACGCAACCAACUGGAAUGCUGAGGCUUCCGUGCUACUGCUGCGCACCGGGCUGUCGUAACAACAUUGACCAUCCAAGGGCAAAGCCUCUAAAAGAUUUCAGAACACUUCAAACACAUUACAAGAGGAAGCAUGGAAUCAAACCCUUCAUGUGUAGGAAAUGUGGAAAGGCUUUCGCAGUCCGAGGGGACUGGAGAACACAUGAGAAGAAUUGUGGUAAGCUUUGGUAUUGCAUAUGUGGAUCUGAUUUCAAGCACAAGCGAUCUCUGAAAGAUCACAUCAAGGCGUUUGGAAAUGGCCAUGGAGCUUACGGAAUUGAUGGAUUUGAUGAUGAAGAUGAGACUGCCUCUGAGGAUCUUUACAACUUAAAAUCGUGUGGAAAACAAAGUACUGGAACAUCUUCAUGUCUUUUCUCCCCUGUUUUCCUGGCAAUGUAUAACAAUGAAGUUCCCCUUCUCCACGGUAUAUAUUUGCUAACUUAUAUUAUUUUGUCAUUUAUUUACGUUUCCUUUCGAAGAAAUAGAUCAUAAGCGUUUGACUUAUAUUUACUAGUAGAUAGUAUACAUACAUUCAUUCAUGCAUUUUUCUCUAGAUAUACUGUACUAAAAAUUAUAAAUAAUAUUUCUAAGAAUUAUUUCGAGUAAUAGUAGAUUAGAUCUUUUUCUUUCUGAAAAAUAGUUGUUUUCUGGUGGAGUUAUCUUUAACAUUAUUUUAUAAUAGUGGUUAAAUAGUGCUACAUGAUUGUCUGAUGACAUCAUGGAGAAUAAUGAGAGAAUGGACAUUCGAUAAUAUUACUACUCAAAAGCUGAACUUUCUUAGGAUGAUCACGUAUCAAGAUAUACAUUAAUUAUCAUGCUUCUUUUAUUUGUUUUAAAUGAUGAGAUGAUGGUAGACGUAUGUCACAUGGUUGAAAAUAUUACAAUACAUAUAUUUAUGUAAAUCUAUAAUUUGAAGUAUUUUGCUAGGUUGCUCUAAUAAUCAACAGUUAAAGUACUUUAAUACUUUUCCAAAUACCUUGUGUUGGUUAUAAACUUAUAAUAUUUGACAGAUUGGCUGUCAUAUACCCUAUACACCAAUUCGAAGAAAUUUAUUCAUUGAUCAGGGUGGAAAAACUUGUGUGUUUAAAAUGGUUCCUUGAAAAAAUGAAAUAUUUUGGAUGAUUAUGUUUCAAGAUUUUAAUACUAAGAAAUUAAAUAUAUAACACCUAAUUUUUUUUAUUGAACCAACUAUAACACCUAAUUAAUUGAAAUAUAUAUUGUACUGACUACUGACGUUAUUCAGUAAUUGAAUUCUAUUUGCCAAUUAACACCUAAUUUUUUUAUUUUCUUUUCGAUAAAAUUGUCUUAUGUAGUGAUGUUCAGAUUAAUGUUGAACAAAUCAUCACCAUAAGAAUUUUGCAUUUGUUAACAUAAAUGCAGCCUAUUGUUUGUUUAAUUUUGCUAAACUAAAUCUAAAUGCAUCAAGCCGAUAUUUGACCUUACUAAGAACACAAACUAUACUACCGGACUGCAAGUGAUUUUCUUGUUAUCGUAGUCAUAGUUUUUGUUGUGUGUCGGUUUGUUGGUCAUGUUAGAAUUCAAGAUCCAAUCUGGAUCUAAUUGUGUAACUAGGAUUGCAGAUAAAGAGAGUCUUUUCUUCCUCCAAAGAGCUUUUGUAAUAUGCUCUCUUUUUCUGCUUUUUGUUAGUGGAGAGACAUAUUUGCUCCUUGAAGGAACAUUACACCUCUUUAUCUAUGCAUAAUUUACUUUUAUGUUUUAUCUUAAAAUUCGAAACCAAAUUAUUAUCUCUCGAUUGAUGCAUAUACGUACAAACACAUAGAUAUUGACCUAAUUUCCUUUUACGGUAAACAGUGAAUAUUCCUUUAGUUAUGUGUAUGCAUACGGAUGCAUGCAGUCAUCUAUAUACACAUAUAUGAAUGUGCUUAGAGAUUGUGAUAAAUGGGCGAAGAAGGGGCAAAAAGUAAUGUGAAGGAAGGGUGGUAAAAAAACAAAAGAGAAGAGAGUGGAGCCCUAAGGGUGUGAUGGGUUGGGCAGAUUUGGUAGCAAAGGUUGAUUCUUUUUCCUCUCUCUCUCUCUCUCUCUCUCUCUCUCUCUCUCUCUCUCUCUCUCUCUCUCUCUCUCUCUCUCUCUCUCUCUACUGUUAUUUGAUUUGACAUCACAUUUUUCUUUGACCAUCUUUCUCUAUCUACUCACACUCUCUCUCACAAAUGACAUAAAUUUCAUAACUCAUCCAAUUAAAAACCCACAUGCUUGCUUCUUUUGUAUUACUUUCAUAUUCAAGGGUUACACAUCUUUUUGUUUUUUCUUAACGUAUUUGAACCAAUUCUAAGAUGUUAUACUAAUUGAGUCACUUUACCUCAAUUUAAUAGACACAUAAUAUGAAUUCUCAUAGUACGUCUAAUAUAAAUUUUUACCAAAAAAUGUCUAAUGUGACUUAUAAUUAUAUAUGGUUAUUCUCUUCUAAAGCAGUUCUUUUACAUUUUUAAUAUCUCAGGAGUUAUAUUUAAUCUUAUAACCAACAUAUAUGUAAAAGUCAAGACUGUAAAAUAUCUUUUACAUUCUACAACAUUGGCUUGCCAUCCAAUAACACGAAAACAUGUUUUUAGACUAUAUAGUAAAUGCGAAGUUUUUUUAAGAUUGCAAUUUUUAGCAUCAGUUUCAUGAAAAUAAGCCUGGAGAAAGAAUAUACAUAAUACACGGUGAACUAUAUAUGCACAAAGCCCACUUUUUGUAGUAAGCAAUGUAUACAAAUAUGAAAUAAAUAUAGUGUUGGAAUGUUGUUACAUUGGUCCAUAAUUAAACAGUAGAAAAACUGAACAAGUUAUAAACGCACAUCUUUAAAUUAUGUAGGAUUCAGACAACAUUUAUUACCAAUCAGUUUCCUACCCCUUUGUUGGGAUAUGCAGACCAUCCUACCUAUCUUCCUUUGACCGCUCUCAUCUUCUCAACACUUCUCCAUAUUUCUCUAGUCACUUACCAUAAAUCAAGUUAGAAGAAAACGUGAACUUAACAUUUUUAUAUACAGUAUAACCUUUUUAAAUUAAUAAUCUAUAAAUUAAUAUACACUAUAAAUCUCUAUAAAAUAAUAUAAUUUUAUAGUUCUAAAUUGAGUUUUUGGUUCAAUUAGUAUGUCGAUAAAUUAAUAUCUUUAUAAAUUAAUAAAAAAUUAUAGUUUUGGUAUAAUCGCAAAAUUAUUAAUUUAUAGAGGUUUUACUAUACGUAGAAACCCUCUAGUUUAAUUUUAUCACUUUAUAUUUUUUUUUAUAUUUUUUUGGGGAGGGGGAGGGGAGGGCGUGGGGGAGGGGUCAUAGUCUUACAGUGAAGUAUUUAAACGAGUAAAACCAUUUCCUUAAAAAUAAAAUUGAAAAUGUGACAUAAUUGAAACACAUGAUUUAAUAUCAUUAUAUAAAUUUAUCAUAUAACUAGCUAGUUUUAAGACUUUGAAUAUUAAAUUUACAACUAAGAAGUUAUGACAUUUUUUUUCAACCAAUUAUUUAUGACAUUACUUUUUCUAAUUCUAUUUUCUUUAGAAACGUGUAUCCAGUUAAUUCUAUAUGCAUAUGUUGUACAUUAAAAGAUACACAAAUCACAAACAGAAACAUAAAAUAAAAUAUAAAUGGAAAUUAGCGGUAUACAUACUUUAGUGAAAAGGUUUUCGAAUCUCGAAACUGAAAGAUAUCUAAUAAAAGACAUUUUCAAAUCCGAGCAAUAUAAUACUAGUAUGAACAUUGGACUCACUUUGUUCGGUAGUUAUGCUGUUGCAUUAAUUAACUAAUAGUAGUACAAUAUUUAUAAAACCUAGUUUAUACAUAUUGGUUGUUUUAACGUAGACAAUUUUUCUUGUCCGAAAAGAACUUCUGUAAACGCCUUAAAUCCUGCUUUUUAAAAUCCCGAAGCUAUAUUCUACUAGUAUAAAUUCAUUAGACGAAUUUUUAAUUUACAUUCCUGUGAUCACGUCGACACAUGCAAAUGUUUAAAUUAAAAACUCAAGACUGUCAUACUGAUCUGAAGAAGACAGCUUUGUCUGCCGUGGCUCAAAUCUCAAUCUCGCGCAUUUAUUUUAAUUUUAAAAAAUGGUAAACAUUUAUUUAAUUUACGUACGUAAACACAUACGUACGUAACAUUUUUGUAUUUUUGUUAUGUAAAAUAGUUUUUUUUUAAAGAAAUGUUGUUUAAACUAUUUCUGAAAUGUAGUAGUUUUUGGAGAACAGAUACGUAAAUAUCUUAACCAAUCGUACAUGAAAGGAAAAAUAUAAUUAAGUAGCACAUAAAAAUUAUUACUGUAGCUAUGCAUGAUUUUCGACAACUUUGUUUCAUGGAGGCCCCCGACAUGCAAAAGAAAAGGGGAGAAAGAGACCAAAAAUUUGAGCUUGACUCAUGAUUAAUCACGGGUACCUCAAAAAAGCAAAAAAGGAAUAAAUAAAUUUCAUAAUAUUUUAUUAACUUUUAAAGUAUGUUACGUUCAGCUUAGUAUAAUACAACAUAUUCUUUUUUGUCACUGGACAUAUACAUAAAUAAAAUAUUAAAAACAAUAUAUUUCUAUGUUUUUUUGACAAAAAGCUUUCAAAUUUAAAAUAAAACGAUUAUAUGAUUAGAUUCAAAAAUCUUAUAAUUGGAAAAAGUUUUCACGAAACAAGUUUUAUGAGCAAAUUUAAUUCCAAACCAGUGAAAACAAAGGUAUGAAAAAAAAUAAGAUAGACCAUCGAUGGUAUGAAAUACAAUAUCUAAUGAGAGGCGCCUCCGACGUGAUGACCAUGCUUGCCUUUCCCAUGAACCGUCUUCCAUUUCAUACUUUGGUAUUUGAUAGGAGGUUUUGAUUUUCUCCCAUCUCUUGUGAAGUUAAACAAGUUUGAAGGCUCAAUUCCAACUUCACCCACAUCUCAUAGAAUUGUAAAACGAGAAAGACUCUCAAAUGCACAAUUGAUAGGUGUUGUGUUUAAGGAACCAACCUCCGAAGUUAUUGUAACCUCGUUGUUGAUAAUAGUUGAUGGAAAGGAUCCUGUAAUAUGUGUAUCAAUGGGAGUAAAUUGUGAAUCUACUAAUGGAGAGAAAGUGUUUACCGACAUAGGCAGAGGAGUAGGCUUCUCAUGCUGAGAGUGAGAUGGAGUAGCAUGUUUCACUUUUUGAGAGUGAGAAGUGGAAGGUGAUAAAAUCUCCGAGGAUGUAUCUUCUGAUGUGAUCUGAGAGAACCAAAGUAUUGUCUUGGAAAGUUGUCACAUUUGGUUGCUGGCUAUGGACAAGUGACGAUUCCUUGUCCAAGUUGUUGCUUAGAUUCUGAGCCACACGAGUAUCAGUUCCUGAAUUAGAGAUUAAGAGAUUAGCAUUAACCUGCGGGUGAACAGGUGCUGAUGGCGUUGUUGUUUCCAUCCCAUUUUGUAGGAUAACAUCAAUAUCCACAACAGAAAUAUCAUUCAUGUCUUAUGUUGUUUCCGUCUUUUAUGUAGUAUCAUUUGUCAGCUUAGAAGUCAAGAGGCACAGCUUGGCUUUGUGGCCAAGAUUUCCACACCUCUCACACAUAGAAAGAAUCUAUGUGUAUUCAACAUUGACAAGAAAUAUGCUACCUUGUUUAUCACCAAGUGCAAUAAUCUUAGGGAAAUCUCUAUCCAGCUCCAUUUCAACUAAGACAUUUUCUUCACCCAUAGUGGUAGGAUCGGUCGCGGUUUAUGAGUAAGGAUUGGUUUCCCAAGGUUAUGAUGCUAUAUGACUGAUCCCUAAACGAGAGUAGCAACAGUUCGAUAUGUUCUUCAACGUUUCCCAAACCGAAAGGGUAGAGAGUUCGGUAAAUUUGAAAGAAUCUUUUGGAGUCUACGGCAAUAGAAAGAGCAAGCUCUCAUCAAUAUGCCAAACACCUCGCUGAAUUACCCAAUGGCGAGCCGGUUAGUGCGGAAUGUGGAACAUGUAGGUUGACUCACCAAUCUUCUUGCAGCUAAUUUUACAGCUUCUUCCCCAAAUUUUAUUUGCCACUGCAUGAACCAAACCACAAAGGGGGAGUGAACAUCUAUGGAACUUUCCUAUGAUAUACGUCCUUAUUUUCAGGGCCGAACUUUAGCACCAUUGAAGAAAUAGAUAUUUGAGGCGUCCAUCAAGUCUGUAAGUCGGAGUGGCUGCACAAUAUAGAUUCCGGGAUUGAGGACUUAAUCUUGGCACCCACGGAAAUCGAUGUUUACCAUCAGCUUUUAGCUCAGGAGGUGAAAGCGUCUCAAUGGGAGGUUGAAAAGUUCAGGCUGGAAGGUUGCUUUUAGGUUUUUUGUUCAAGAGCUCAUCGUUUAGAGAUGGCCAUAAUGCAGCUAACUGAUUCCCAACAAUUGCAGGAUCAUAAUCCUUUGGGGUACUUGAUUUUGGAGGUGUGGCAGGUGGUUUACAAUGUAGUGCUUUUGCCCAAGCACCCAAGGUAGGGACAAAUUUAGCUGGUGCUUCCAUAGAAGUCUCUGAUGGCAUUGUUUAUAAAGUGUUCAGAUCGCUGCAGUCCUCUGGACCCUGAUUAGAAGUAAAGGCGUGGGCUUGAGCACUUGUUGAUGUCGUGUUCGUCAAAUCCGGAGAUUGAGACAACACGGUUGAUGAGUUCGUGAAUGAAGCUAACACCGGAGAAGAUUUUGACAAUAUAGGAGACGAAGUAAGAGGCUAUACGGAGGCAGAUGAUUUAGUAUUGUCCAUUGGACAAGGUAGAGUUAGCUUUUCGGGCAAGCCCUUCCGACCGAUUUACUUAUCAAUAUCUUUCAGUCACAAAUUUGUUAAACACUCAUUUAGUUUAGUGGUAUAAGGUCAACAAAAUAGUUUCAGUUUGGACAAUCCAGUUUUGAAACUGCUUCAAAAUAUAUUGUUUUCUCUUUUUUUGUCUGAAAAAAAUGUUCAUAUUUUUGUUUCUACCCUUGUAAAAUUUAGGACCGACUCGAAUUAGUUUUCUCGAACUACAUAGUCGCCUCCAUUUAUUAGUCGAGCAGUAUUGAAUAUCUGAUGCUAUUGGCAACAGUAAAAUCAAUUUGGCGGAGACAUGAUAUAGAUAAUCCUUAUUACACAUAUAAAAUAUAAGGGUUAAUUUGAUGAAUGGUUAUAUUAGAAAAAUAAAAUAAUUUUUUGUUGUAAAAAAAAAAGGUAAAGAAAGAUAAAAAGAGAAAGAAGAAGAGCUUAUGUGGUAUGGUUUAUUGGUGAAAUGUAAUCCAAUUAUAUAAUCGUUAGAGAUGUGGUUUCGUUGGCUCGUGAUCAUUGUCCGAGCGUGUUCAUUUGUCAAUAUUAUGUAUUUGAUCAACUUUUUUCUACUCCCGUUAAAGCUAAAUUGAUCAUCAUGCCUGUAGAUUCUCCAAGUUGUAUGUAGUAUUGAUUUUUUUUCACCAGCGAAUAUAUAUCGGUGAAAUAAUAAAAAAUUCAAAAGACGGAAUUAUCAAUUUGGUUUCCAGAAUAUAUAUAAAUCUGUUUAAGUUGAAUUCAAGAAAACAGUUUUACUAACACUUUAUUCAAUCAAUUGUUUUAGCAAUAUUAUACCUUUAUACACGAACAAACAAUAAAAUAAUAUUGAAAUUAUAAUCUUGUUAGGAGGAGCUUCCAAAACUACAAGUUGUCAUACAUACUAAGCUGAAAACCUAAUUGCGGUGAAAUUAUACCGACCCACACAAAAAACAAACGAGACUAGAUCAACUUUUUUUUUUUGAAACUUAGAUUAACGCUUUUGCAACAUGGGUUUAUUUCCAAUUUUUUUUUUUGGGUCAAAAGGUUUAUUUCCUAUUUAUCAUCAUAUAUUUUAUCUAUAGAGAUGAAUAUAUAAAAUAAGUAAAUGAUAUUUUCUAUGUUUAAUCUCAGCUGUGGCACUUAUUUCGAAUAGUAAAAUAGAGGUUUCAAAUUAUCAUCUAUACAAAAGCUGACAAGCACACACAACCACAGUAUAAGUUAAACACAGAACGGAGGGGCAGAUGAUACCAGGGAAAAGAAAUUAAAAAUCAUCUCUGAUUUUGUUGGAUGUUUUGAUCAAAAUACCAUCACGAGAAACGUAACAAAAAAAAAAUUGUUCAAAAACAAAUAUAUUAUACUUUAGUUUUUUAGAUGCGCGAUUGGAUGACUGAGUAUCAGUUACAUCAAGUGGAGGAUUUCUGGUCAACUUCUAACUACACAUUUUCUAACAGUAGUGUGUGUUUAUUUGGACAAUAGCAAGAAAUUGGACCACAUAACGUAAGUAAAUUGUCAGUGAAGGUCCCUAUUUACAUUCAGGUACCCCUUCUUUUAUGAACAGUGGACUUUGAUAAGCAGGUCUGUUAUCCUCUCUGCCUUAAUUAUUUUUUCCCUGUUUUUCAGCUACUUGUUUAUUUUUCAUCUUUUUGUCUUUUAUUUUCAACCUCUCUUUGUUUUUCUGCAACAACAUGCUUUAAGUGAAACGUGUCUUUAUCUGCUUUCCCAUAUACCUCUUUUGUUUUUCUUUUUGUUCAAUUACUUUUUAGAUACCAACCAAAAGUAAGGAUGAAUUUCUAAUUCUUACGUAGAAAGAACCAAUUGUUCAAAUUUUAUUUUCGUAUGUUGUAUUCGGUUACGUUAUAUUAUUUUCAGUUUUAUAAGGACUACUAUUUUUGUUGUUGUUGAUAUUUACAUAAUUAAUUACAGUUUGAAAAAGAUGUGAGAUAUAAAUAUAUUUAAUUAAUGGAUAUUUUCAAAACAACAUUUUUCGAAUAUAUGACAGGAAUUUUACUAGAAAGUAAUCAAGUGGUUAUAAUAGUUUCGUUUUAUUAAUUUACAUACACAAUUCGUUCCACCAUGCACUUCUCACACGCCUGACUAUCAUGAUAAUUUCCAUAUCCGAUUUAGUUAUAAGAUGUACGUCCACUGCAUCUAGACAUGUGCGGUGAUAACUAUUAGUAUUUUCGAUUAUAAUUAAAGAUCAUUUAAUUAAGAAUUUUUAUCGCUGAACUCAUAUUAAAAGGGUACAUUCAUGAUGAGGAACACCAUACUUACAAUUACAAGGACUACCUUCCAAAAGGGAAGCAAUCAAUUCGGAGGUGAGGUGAAGUGUAAGUCAUAACCCUAAAUUUCAGCUCCAAAACUAAUCGUGUUUUUACCCCAUGCAUGCACAUGCAACACUUUUAAUUACAUUCACGUGUGUCAGGCUGGGGACAUCUAUAUAUGUAUAGCAAGUGAUUCAUUGUGUAUACUCGUUUAUAGAAAGUUGUCUUGAGUACAUGAUGUCGCUAUAACUUGUAACGUAUUUGUGACGAAUGUUAAUCAUUAAUUGUUUACGAGAUAUAUAAGUAGCCAUGACAAUGAAAAUUUUGACCGAAUCUAUUGGAUGUGGAUUCCGAUCAAAAUUUGAUCACCAACGUUUUUGUUUAUGGGGAUUUCAAAUGUAUAUCAAAGGUACUGAAAUACAUCUUUAUCGCUUUGAAGAGAAUCCAAGUUUUUUUUUCUUAUUUAUUUCAAAAGCAAAUUAGUUUACAGGUUCAAAGGCCUUAGCAUACGUAUAUCAAAAUUUACUAUUCUUAGAUUUGAAAUAUCGUUUAGCAAACUAUAUUUGAAAUAAUUGUUUAGCAAAAUAUAUAUUAAACUAUGUUUUGUUAAUUGAAGCCGAAACAAGUCCAUUAUGCAAAAGAAACGAGUCCCCAUAACUUUUCAUACGGCAUGAGAUUAUCGGAGAGUUCCCGUAUCCGGCCCAAACAGAAACUAAAACGGGCCUGAAGACCUUUUCAAGUAAAAUAGCUUUUGACUCUCUGGUCAAUCCAUAGAUUCUCUGACAGCACUGACGUAACAUAAGCACACGUACACGUGUACUUGUUGAUUUCUGUUCUCACUACGCAGCAGCAAAAUCUCUAAUCUAUAAUCAUUAGAUUUUGCCAGUCUGGUGAUUAUUUUAUUUUUGUCAACUCAACUCAAAUUUUCAUCAAAUCUAAUCUAUUAAAAAGAGGAGAAUACAAAAUUAAAUUACCCCUUAAUUUUACAACUUAUUUAAAAUGUUAAUGCCAUUGAAAUAUUUAUUGAACCUAUAUUUAAAUAUGUUUGUCUUUUUCUAAUUUAAAUUACAAUUUUUCUUAAUCCAAUCUUAACCAAAAUAUAUUUCUUAAUUUAUUUCGAAUUAACGCAUUAAAUGUUUUCUAAUAUAUAUCAGUAAUAAAUAAUAAAUUAAAAACCACAUAUCAUAAUCAAGUUAUAUAAUAUCUAUAUUAUUAAAAUAGAAGUACAAAUGUAAAUUAACCUUUAAUUUUUUAAAUUAUUUACAAUCAUAUGCCACUAAAGUAAUAAAUUUACAUACUUUUUAAUAUUUUUGUCUUUUACAGUUUAGUUAAUACAUUUUCUUAAAAUAAAAUACGACAAAUUAUGUAUUAGUUAUUUAAGAAAUACUUCGUAUAAACUAGCUAAACAAUAAAUUAUACUUAAUCAAUACCAAAAAUGUAUCCUUACGGGUUAGUUAUUUUCUAUUUUGGAAUAUUAACUAUGUCUAAAAGACAUAAAAGUAUUAUAAAAAUACAUGAUAUAAAACACAAAAUUGUAAAUAAUAUAUUGAAUUAUUUGAUUGUAUAAAUCAAAUAUAACAAUAAAUAAAAUUUUCAUUUUACAUUAAAAUUUUAAUCCAUAAAAAAUACAUUUGUACGGAAACACGAAUUAUAUUUUAAAAAUAUGGAUAUAAUAGUUGACGGAUCAAAAAUAAAAUAAAAUAAUUCUUAAUAAAUUAUAAAACUAUUUUGUUUAGAAAUAUAUUAAAUAAGUAUUUAAUAUAUAUAUAUAUAUAAUUUAAAAAUAUAUAUUACCAUUUAUAUAAGAUAACUAUUUUUUUUUUUUUUUUGCAAAGUAAAAAUGAAUAUUCGUGCGGGUGCACGGGUCAACCUCUAGUUAAGCCAUUAAUAACGUAUCAAAAAAAAUUGUUGAUGACAAAACAAAAAAAAUAAUGUAUCAAAAAUUAAGUUAAUUAAAUUAAUUUAUGGAUACGUGAAAGAUCUGAAGUUUAUUUUUCUGUACCAAAUUUGAAAAAUUGUAAGUCAUUUUCAUUUAACGAAAAAAUACAAACGGAAAAUGCUAACAUAGAUCUUAGCCACAUAUUGCAACUCUUCUUGCCGUGAUUAUAGUCAUAUUCACCGGUGACUGGUUAAGUUUGACAUUAUAAAAAUAAAUAUUACUAAAAAUAACACAAGUUCCACACAUAUAAAUCCCUCAUCAAAGCCAUCCAUUUUCCUCAGACCUGCAAGAACUUCUAAACACACACACACAAAAACUAAGUAAAAAGAAGAAAAAGCCUUUCAGGUCUCAACAAUGGAGAUGAAGAAGAUCGCUUGCGGUGUGCUUUUUGUUGCUGCCUCCAUGACUGCUGUCAUGGCUAUUGAGGAAGCUGGAGCUCCGGCACCAGGACCCGCAUCCGCCGCCUCGGUUGCAUUGCCGGCUCUUGGCUCGUUGGUUGGUGCUUCGCUUGUGUCCCUAUUCAGCUACUACUUGCACUAAGCUAUGUCUUCAUUAUGUAAUAAUACUAUUUCUGUGAUCUUUUUCAUUUCCUACCUAUUUCCAUUUCACUUGUUUAUUAAUAAAACUGAUAAAAUAUUUCAAGAA